AUGUCCUCUAAAGCGACAACCAGGUCGUCCUCUUCCAGGGGGAACACUAAAACUAGCCCUGCCACGAAGAACGAUCUUGCGAACAAGUACCUUAUUUUCUACAACGUCGCCUCGGGGCUCGCGUGGGCAUAUGUUCUCGUCUUCGCCCUCAUCCACAUAACCAACAUAGACGGGCGCGCGGCGCAAGUAGCCUCCUCCGGCCCCGUCACCGCGUCGACCUAUGUGGGCAAGCUUCUCUCGUCCUCCGCGUCAUUCCUCCGAUCCGCAAGCUCGGCGACGAAGGCGCACAGCCGGUGGUGGCUACCUGGAUUCCUGCAGGCGCCUGUCGCGCGCAUGGCCACCGUGUACGGACGCGUCGGCCCGCAGGUUGCGCUUGUGCAGUCCUUCGCCGUGCUCGAGGUCGCGCACGUCGCGCUCGGCCUUGUGCGCAGCUCGCUCCCGACGACCGCGAUGCAAGUGACGAGCAGGCUGCUCCUCGUGUGGGCAGUGGUGGAGCAAUCGGCGACGGCGCGUGCUAAUCCCGCGUUCGCGUCCAUGAUUAUCGCGUGGUCGUUCUCGGAGAUCAUCCGCUACUCCUUCUACACGUUCAACCUCCUCGGCCUGCAGCCACCCCAAUGGCUCGUCUGGAUCCGGUAUUCCGCAUUCUACGUCCUCUACCCCAUAGGGGCGGGUUCGGAAUGGUUCUUGACUUGGAUCUCCUUGCCCAACUCCUCUCCUGUCCCGGGAUUCCGAUCAUGGUACCAGGGAGCGUGGGGCUUCAUGGAUUACCUGCGAGGCAUCAUGGUCCUCGUCUGGGCACCAGCGUUGUAUGUUCUCUUCACGUACAUGAUGGGCCAGCGCCGUAAGGUGCUUGGCGGCGGUCGUAAACUCAAGGAUAACUAA